UCCAAGACUAGUUCAUGUUCCCACCCACUUUCUUGCUAUACAUAGCAGAGAAACACACAACAAUAGAAUUGAGGAAUAUCAAUUAAGCAUUUUGCAGUGAUCACACAUUCCACACAUACUUUUUGUGCUUUUCUGAUACCAAAAAUGGCAGAUCAUCAGAGAAUUCAUCCAGCUCAUGAUGUGGAAUCACCAAACACACCAACAGCUCCAUUGGUGCCAGAAAAUACUGCAAAAUCUGAUAGUGGUGAUCCUACAACACCUCUUCCUCAACGCACUCAUCCAGUGAUGUAUUCCAACCCACCAAAGAAAAGAAGAAGCUGCUGCUGCAGAUUCUUCUGCUGCAUUUUCAGCACUCUGCUGAUUCUGAUAAUUGCAAUUGCCAUCACAGUUGGAGUACUCUACCUUGUGUUUAACCCAAAGCUACCCAAAUACUCAGUGGACAAGCUGAGAGUGACCCAGUUCAAUUACUCUGAGAGUAACAGCCUUUCUGUCACCUUUAAUGUGGCAAUCACUGCCAGAAAUCCAAACAAGAAGAUUGGGAUAUACUAUGUGGGUGGAAGCCACAUAAGUGCUUGGUAUGAGGACACAAAACUAUGUGAAGGGUCUUUGCCAAAAUUCUACCAAGGUCAUAAAAACACCACUGUGCUUGAUCUGCCUCUGACAGGGGAAACUCAAGAUGCCAGUGGUUUGCAAAGUUCACUGCAGCAACAGCUGCAACAGGUUGGGAAUAUUCCCCUGCAUUUGAGGGUGAAUCAGCCUGUGAGGAUUAAGCUUGGUAAGUUGAAGCUCUUCAAAAUCAAGUUCAGGGUUAGGUGCAAGCUUGUGGUGGAUAGCCUUGGUGCUAAUGAUGAUGUUAGAAUUUCCAAUAGUAGCUGCAAGUUCAGGCUUAGGCUGUGAAUUAUAUUGCGAUUGCUGCUGUUUCGCGGAAUUAAGGACAAGUGCUGGUUGAUGCCGGCCGGAGUUUGCAGUCCUGAUGCCCAUGUGGUGACUCCAAAAUCCAUUAUGUUGCUGUUGCAAUUGCAUUUGGGGACCAUGAUCUGAAUCCAUAUGACUUCUUUUGUGCAUAUAUUUGUUAGUAUUGAUUAGUAGAGUAUAUGCCAUUUUUAUGCUACCAUUUGUUUUUAUUCUUUUAUGUUUUUUGUCUGAUUGAGAUUUUUCAUAAGUGAUGGGGAGGAUUAGAUGUGGGCUUUUCCUCUCCAUCUACACUUCUAGAUACAGUUUCUGUACUUUGAUUCUAUUUCUUCAGCCUCUUUCUUGCUCAGCAUAUAAUAUUAUAUAUCAUAUCAUAUAUGUUCAAUACCAAA